CCUGUAGUUCAUGUUCCUGGAGAGGCUGAAGGUGAUGGAUCUCAGAAGUUCAGGAGUUCUGAGCCACUGGAGGGAUGAAGCUGAUCUGGUGUCAGCACUAAGUCCCAGGGGAGCCUUGGGGAGCAGGGGACCACCAGGCUGCUUUAGGAGGGUCAAACCAGCCCAAGUUGGAAGUGAAGCAGGUCAAAGAUUGUUUACUGAUCAGCAUUGGUGAAUGGUCAUCACACUUCCAACCUAGGUGAGACAGGAAGAUUGAAUCUCCAAAACAAAGAAACAAACAAACAAAAAGUCAAUACAAAGAGGAACUGACCUGAACUGGUCAAAAUAAAAAUGCACAAGCAGAGAUUUUGGUGUAGAAAUGCGUUCAACUCAAGAGAGAAAUAAGAGGAAACAGGAAGAGGGAAGAGAAGGGGAAAAGUGGGUGAAAAGGAGGAGUCAUAAGCAAAAGAAACUCUAACCAUGGAAGAAGGAUCCUGAAGAGGGAUUUAAAAGGAAAGAAAGAAAAGUCUUGUUAUCCCCAAUUUUCAGAUGCAGAAGCAAAGGCACAAAGACGGACAGUGGCUUGCCUAUGACCACACAGCUAGUCAGCAUGGGAGGGAUCUCUUCUGCCUGGGUGUCGUGGGGUUUUGGUCCUUGGCCGUCCAGAUGAAUCCAUACAACUGUAGUACCGUGAGGAGCGACUUCUCCCAGAAGGUCACCAUUUUGUACUUGUCCGUCAUCCUGGUCUUGGGGACUACCCUCAAUGGCCUGGCCCUGUGGGUGUUCUGGUGCCGGAUGAAGAGGUGGACGGAGACGCGGGUGUACAUGGCCAACCUGGCUGCGGCGGACUGCUGCCUGCUGCUCAGCAUCCCCAUGGUCUUGUACACGACGGGCAGGGAGCACGCGGAGGACCUGCUCUGUACAGUGUCCCAGAGCAUUUACCUGAUCAACGGUUACAUGAGCAUGUAUGUCAUCACCGCCAUCGCCGUGGAUCGCUUCGCUGCCAUCCAGUACCCUCUGCGGGCCAGGAUGUGGCGCUCCCCCCGGCAGGCUGCUGGGACCUGUGCUCUCCUCUGGCUGCUGGUCAUCUGCCUGGUUUCUCUACCUGCUGCCUGGAAGCAAGAUGGCCAGAACUUCUGCUUCGGGAAGAGCCAGACUCGGGGUCGCGGGGCCAUUGUUUUCUCCUUGGUCCUGUUUGUCAUCCCUCUUGUGGUCCUUGUUUUCUGUUCCGUGCGGGUCCUCCAGAAUCUGGUCAGGAAAAAGGCACAGGUGGCAGCCCAGGACAGGAGGCUGAUCCACAAAGCCCUCUGCGUGGUUUCAGCUAAUCUGGCCAUCUUCCUGGUCUGCUUCCUCCCCCAGCACAUGGCUCUACUGGCCAAGCUCAUGACUGAGUAUGUGGAGACCUCCUGCCCUGUGCUUCAGCAUGUGGUCAUUUCCAUCAGGGUGGCCUCCCGCCUUGCCAAUGCCAACUGCUGUUUGGAUGCCAUGGGCUAUUACUUUGUGGCGCAGGAGUUCCAGGAAGAAGUAGCGGUGUUCUUAGGCACACCUAAGUUCCUCCAGAGUCAGACUAGAGGCAGCCCAGGCACUGACCUCCCAGACUUCCCUAAGGGAGGAAAAGUGGAGGCAGCCUCAGAGAGCUCCCAAGCGUUGCCUUCCAGUUAAGUGUGGUACCUUGGCAUGCAAGGGAAUAUUCAAAAUUUGGCACAAAAGGACUAUUUCUGCUUACCACCUGACUCCCUAAGGGCAGGGCCCUCAAGAUGGAGCCCAGCUCAGUGAGCCCACGCCCUCCCUUAAUGGGGUCCCUUGGGCCAGUGGUGACUUCUUAGAGGCUUGUCCAGGAUGUGAGGGGUGGCAUUCCCACCCACCCUGAGUGCUUAAUUCCUUUUGUGGAGCUGCAGACACAUUUGGGGCUCAUUUGAGAUUGUUCCACUUCUUUCUGAACUAGGUUGCUUGUUCUAGUGUGGGCUGACAUCAGACAUCCUUUUUGGAACACCCCACGACCGAUGGAAAGAGUUUGGCCGUGGGAGCAGGAGAAAUCUAGGUUUGGCUCUUCCUUGGAUACUGCUUAGCUGUGCGACAUUGGGCAAAUGACUUCCCUUUUUGAGGCCACAGCUUCCUCAUCAGGAAAGUAGGAGGGUUGGACUUAAGAAUCUCCGAGGACCUUCCCAGCUCUGACGCUCCAGAAUUCUGCCUGAUUCUGUGACUGAAUGCUUUGCUCUCCCCAGAGUCUAUUUUAAGUAUAGCCUGGAGAGAGUAAUGUAGAAUCCAAAUGAACAAGGCUGUGAGCUACCAUGGACAGAGCCCUGAGUUUAGGCUGUCUUAUCCGUGUGACAUUCAACAAACCACCUGACUCCUCUGGGACUAGGUUUCCUGAUCUGUACAAGGAGAAGGGGUGGGACCAGACGACCUCUAAAUCUAUUGUUCUAUGAAGUGUUGAUGGGGAUAUCAGUCUUUGCUGGCAGAGCAAGAGCCUUGGCAGGGAGAGGAGGGAGACAGGAAAUCCUCCCUUCCUCUUCUGAGAAUCACUGUGAAUUGGGAAAGUUUAUCUAAUUGGCCUGCCCAUCAAUUGGGGAAUAGCUAAACAAUCUGUGGUAUAUAAUUGUGAUGGAAUAUUACUAUGCUGUAAGAAAU